UUCUCGUUUCUUUUUGUUUUGUUUUUGUCAAAUCAAAUAGGAUCUUCUUCCAAAACCAAAAACAAAGGCUCUGCAAUUGUGAAGAUGAUCAAAACAAUCUCAUCUCUGCGCAAAAGUCUGGCUCUACCUAUUCAUUUACAUAUUCGUACGCUACAAACUUUCUCUAAGUACAACGCACAAGCUGCCUCAGCCUUAGAGGAGCGUGAGAAACUUUUUUACCAAAAUGAAGAGUAUGCGGAUAUGGAUUGGGAUAAUCUCGGGUUUGCUCUCACUCCAGCUGAUUACAUGUACGUCAUGAAAUGCUCAAAAGACGGUGACUUCACUAAAGGUGAACUUACUCGUUUUGGUAAUAUUGAGCUAAGUCCUUCUGCUGGAGUCUUGAACUAUGGACAGGCCAUAUAUGAAGGUACAAAAGCAUACAGGAAAGAUAACGGGAAGCUUCUUCUGUUUCGCCCUGAUCACAACGCUGUCCGGAUGCAGCAUGGAGCUGAACGUAUGCUCAUGCCUUCUCCUUCUGUUGAUCAGUUCGUUGAUGCUGUUAAGCAAACCGCUUUUGCAAAUAAACGUUGGGUUCCUCCUUCAGGCAAAGGGUCUUUGUACAUUAGGCCUCUGUUGAUGGGAACUGGUCCAGUUCUUGGUUUGGGACCAGCUCCUGAAUAUACAUUUAUUGUCUAUGCAUCUCCAGUUGGUAACUACUUCAAGGAAGGUGUUGCUGCUCUUAACCUCUAUGUUGAGGAAGAGCAUGCUCGUGCAGCUCCUGGUGGAUCUGGAGGCGUCAAGAGCAUCACAAACUAUGCCCCGGUUCUGAAAGCGCUGAGCAGAGCCAAGAGUCUUGGGUAUUCAGACGUUCUUUAUCUUGACUCUGUCAAGAAGAAGUAUCUCGAGGAAGCUUCUGCUUGCAACGUCUUUGUUGUUAAGGGUCGGACCAUCUCAACUCCUGCAACUAAUGGAACUAUUCUAGAGGGCAUUACUAGGAAGAGUGUUAUGGAGAUCGCAUGUGAUCAAGGUUAUCAGGUAGUAGAGAAGGCAGUUCAUGUUGAUGAAGUAAUGGAUGCGGAUGAAGUUUUCUGCACCGGAACUGCUGUAGGAGUUGCUCCUGUAGGCACUAUAACAUAUCAGGACAAACGAGUAGAGUAUGAAACUGGGGAUGAAUCUGUCUGCCAGAAACUGCGUUCGGUCCUUGUCGGUAUCCAGACAGGAUUGGUUGAAGAUACCAAGGGAUGGGUCACAUGUAUCAACUAAGAAACUACUCUGCGUUUUAUUAAGCUGUGUAUAUACAACAAUGAAGAAUAAUUAUGUAGAUAUAUUUUAUAUUAAUGUGACAGAAACAGAAAGCUUUUCUGCUCAUUUCUAUCUUCUCAACUUCUACCUACAAAGUUCAUUUAGUAAAAUGAAUUCAAAUUCCAUAUUUAAUAAAUGCAUUCUUCGUUGAGGUAAAAAAAAA